UUAUAUCAGUUACCUGCGACAUGUUGCUCAAGUGUCUCGUUCUGGCCACGCUCGCCACCGCCUGGGGGCGCUCAACCGCCCCCGAACAAAACACCAUCCACGAAACCCCAAGGGCGCAAGAAAAUACCUUCUUCGGCGACCUGCGGUACGUCUACAAAGUGUAUCAGGAGUGUGCCGCCAAAGAUCUGGGACCUUGCUUGAAGCUUAAACUCAUCUCGGCGAUAGACAGAGUGGCCAGGAAUUACGCAGAACUACCCAUUUUUGACGGGGUCGCUUUCGUGAAGGAUCCUAAAGCUGUAACCCUCAACGAAGUCAAAACAGAGGAGGAAUACGAAUCCACCCUUCCUAGAGCUUUGAACGAGAAAGACACCGCCCUUAAUUCAAUCAUCUCGGACAAAGUCGCCAACUUCUUCGACACACACACCCUACAGGUCAAGCUACCCUCAGCGCUAAGCGAAGAGAGCCGUGGCAAAAAGGGAAAGAAGGGAGCCGGUCUGCUCCUCAUCCCCCUCAUUCUCGGUGGUACCUUGGUGCCCUUGGCCCUCGGCGCCUUAGCCCUUCUAGCCGGUAAAGCCCUCAUCGUCUCCAAACUGGCCUUAGUUUUGGCGGGCAUUAUUGGUUUGAAGAAGUUGCUCGGCGGCGGUGGCGGCGGCGGACACGACUCUGGUCACGAAGUGGUGGUGGCCAAUAGCCACGGGUCUAGCUGGGGGCGGUCCUAUGACAAGGAGCAGGCCCAGAACCUGGCGUACAGCGCGUACGCGCCGCAAUCGUCUUAAUUUAUUUUUUAUUUAUUUAUUUCUAUUUAUUGUAAUAUUUCAAUAAAUUGUUUGCGUAUUA